UUGACACGCUCGUUCAGUCGACUGAGCAAAGCUUCUCUUGUCGAACAACCUAUACACACUCUCCCGUCUCCGAUCAGGCGCGCGGCUGCGUCUUGUUGCGCCUCGGGGGGCGUCUGCAGUCACGAUGGGGUCAACCGAGUUUGGCAACUUUCACGACUUCUGCAGAGACUCGACCCUACCAAUUUGCAACAUCUUGUCAAACCAAAAUGGUCAAGAUGGACCGUGGGGUGGCUGUGAGCUGAAGGGUAUAUCGCUAUCGGGCGACAGGAAACUGGGCAACCUUGGCGCUAUUCUCCUCUGCGGCCUCGCAAUCAUUACGUCUCUUUUUCUGCUGCUCAAGUCGGAGAAGAAGAAGGCGGCUGUUGGGCGAAGGGAAAUGCAGCUGUUUUUGCUGGGCUACAUCAUUAUCAGCAUCUGCGAGAUUUUCUCGGUCGGCGAAUUCCCCUUUCCCAAGAGUGCUCGCGAUGGAUUCACCGCCGUGCACAUUGGCGCCAUCGUUGCAACUACGUGGAUUCUUGUGAUGAACGCUCUGAUUGGAUACCAGUUUAUCGACGACGGCACCGCUUUGUCCCUCGGUCUUUGCCUAAUCACGGCAGCCGCCUUAUUCGUCGGUACCGGUUACAUCGCCCUGGAUACAGGAUUCGACUUCACUGGCUAUUGGGAGGACAGCUAUAAGGGGGAUAACCGCCACAUUGCCCUUUACGUCCUCUACCAACUGGUCCCUCUUAUCUUCCUCGUCGCCUUUUAUGUGCUCGAGGCCAUCCUCGUCCUUCGAGUACUGGGCGAGACUCGGCCCAUGAUCUACCUCACUGCUGCUGCAGUACUUUUCGCCGCUGGGCAGGUCUUCAACUACGUUGUCAGCAAGUACAUCUGCGACGGAACCAACGGCAAGAUCGACGGCUCCAUGUUUGAAACGCUGUUCACUUAUCUGUCCGUGGUUGCCGUCUGGAUUUUCUGGUCAAGCAUCACGGAGGACGACUGGCCGAUGCCUGUCGGUACGACAUAUCCUUGAAACAUUGGAGAACACGCAGCCUCUAUCUCUUUUAUCUAUUUA